GCUAGGCCAAGGUUGCCCCUGGCGACGGCAGCACACAGCUUCCGCCUUUUCCCUGUCUCCUUGGCAACCGACAACAAACGCGGCGCUUCCGUCGGAGGCGUCCGUUGGAAAGAAGGGAGGCUUGAGGCCUCGGCAGGGCCGCUUCUCUGGCGUCACAAAGGCCCGGCGGGGGCAGCAGGAGGAGGAGGAGGAGGCGGGGCAGCCGCGCUCUGGCUCUGAACUGCAGCCGCGGCCCUCUUCCUCCUCCUGGUCCUCUCCGUCCCGGUGGCGCCCGCGGCUCUGUGAAGGGAAGCGCUGGGUAAGCCGCAGGCGGAGGCCCCCGCGUCUCUCUUCGUCCCUCGGCGGCUCUUGGGGCCGAGCUCUGCCUUCCCAGUCGAUGCAGACACUUCCCUGAGCGACGGGGCCCCAGCUGCAAAGGUCAAGAGGCCCUGGACGCUGAAGCAGGCGCUUUCACUGGGAGUUACGCUCCUUUCCUCAGUCAAGUUUAGCUACCAGUUUGGAAACCCAAAGCUGCUUCUGAGGUAUAAUUAUCACAGUUUGAGACCUCAUUCUUGGACAGCUGAGGUGGAGACCUUGAAUCAUGAACAACACUGCAACGUUCCUAUAUUGAGAAAUAACUUGGCUUGAAGUGGAUAUUUGUAGUGCCCACAACUUUCCAGUAUUUCAAAGUUGUCUAGAAUGGCCAGCAAGAAAGAACCCCCUUUCUUCAAUGAAGAUAAUAUUGGAACAUGCCACUGCAAAUUUACUUUCUAUGAGAUUAUGGAGCUCUUCAUUGAAACUCUCACAGGAACUUGCUUCGAACUGCGGGUAUCUCCUUUUGAAACAAUCAUUUCUGUGAAAGCUAAAAUCCAGAGACUGGAAGGUAUUCCUGUAUCUCAGCAGCACUUAAUAUGGAAUAACGUAGAGCUGGAAGAUGAUUAUUGCUUGAAUGAUUAUGACAUUUCAGAAGGUUGCACUUUGAAGCUGAUACUGUCAAUGCGAGGUGGACCUAUAAAUACUAGAAGAGUUCCUGUGGAAGAUUCUGUUAGGGAAAUAACAGAAUACAUGGAUCCCAAUCAAGCUGAUCUCUGGGAGAAGAUCCCAUCCAGCAAACACAUUACUCACAAACACAUUACUUUUUUGGUAUAUCGGGAAGGCGACCAGUUGAACAUCUUCCGUGUUGUAGACCGAGGAGAUGGGACUUUAACACCAAUAUCUGAAUCUUUAAGUGCUGGUUCAGUUUAUAAUUUGUAUGGUGAAAACAGUGAAGAUAAAGAGGCAUCUCCUUCUGGUCAACAGAUAAUUGAGAACUCCAUCACAAUGAAUAAAAUGAAGCUGCUCAAAACAAAGAUGGAGAACAAAAAACCAAAACAAAUUAUUAAAAUGAACCCACGUUCUCCAGUAGCUCCAUGUUCACUUAGUGGCUCAGUGACAGCUGCACAUCAUAAUUUUUUUCGAGCACCUUCUUACAUUGGGCAAUCCUGUUUAACUCCUGGCAAUUUACAUACCUCAGAAACAUCUCAAAAUGCACUUCCAGUUUUGGCAACUACUGGUAGAAGGAUGCCUUCUAGCAACUUUAUUAAGGAAAGUAACAGAUGGGAAAAUGUUUCAGAAUCUCAGUCAAUCACAAGCAUGUUAACACCAGAUAAAUUAAUGUGUGGGGGGAAAGAAGAUGCAAAAGUACCUCCAGAUACAGUUCUUCCACUUUCAGCUCAACUUAAAAGUUCAGAAAAAAAUACAGAAACUGGUGUAUCAAUAAACGAGAAAGGUCCUUUUUUGUAUCCAGAUACCACAAAUGUAAAUCUAAAUCCUACAGAAGAAAAAGUUUUUAAAAACACAGAUGUUCUUACCAGACAAGGAGAAGCAAACAUUUCUGAAGCAUGCAGUGAAUUAUAUGGAACAGGAAAAGUGAAUAAAGAACCCCAGUUAUCUGAGUGGCAUAAGGACUCUGCCAUUGCCAAGCAUCCUGACAAGUCCAUUAUAAAACCUCUAACCUUUUCAGCAGCAGAAACUAGUUUUAUUAACUCUCAGGACAUCUGUUCUCAGAGAAAUGCACACCUCUCACCUCUUCAGUGUUCAGCACAAAUUGUACAUCACAGUCCUCGGAAACCUCAAACACAAUCUAAGUGCUUAGAAGUUGGUAACUUGAGGCCUGAUGCUUCCCCAAAUGUUCUACGGCCAUUGGAGGUACACAAUUCAGCAGAUUCCUCUUAUGCAAGGAAUUCUAGAUUUCAUAGCAUUGGUAUGGACUCACUUGGCAAAAGACCUGCUAGCCAUUCUAAAAAGGAGACAAGAGAGAUCACAGGAAUGACUAUCAAAGCAUCCAAAGAUCCUGUUCUUUCUGUAAAUAAUGUAGGAUUUCGAAGUUCGCUGACCCGAAGCACCAACAGAGAUGGGUUGAAGAAUUCCUGUGGUAUGGACAGGUUUCGGAAUUGUGGUAUUGUGUUAACUUCAGAUCUUCAGCAUUUUCAAGAAGAAAGAUUUAACAUGGUCUCUCCUCACAAUGACAUGCCUGAAUACUUGUUGUCAUCUGGACUUGGAUUGAAUGGAAAUAUUGUGACUACUGGGAAAAGAACAAUAGGUUGCCAAACUCAUUUCCCACCAGUGAAUGGUUCAAUUCAACUUAAAAAGAAAAAAGCAAAGCAUUGUUUCUUUUGUGGAAAGAAAACCGGAUUAGCUACUAGCUAUGAAUGUCGAUGUGGAAACAAUUUCUGUGCAACUCACCGCUAUGCAGAGGCUCACACUUGUACUUAUGACUACAAGAAUUCAGGGCGGAAGUACUUACAGGAGACCAAUCCUGUUGUCAGCGCAACAAAGCUUCCUAAGAUUUAAGUACAAUUUUAUGACCUGGAGGAACUCUAUCACACUGAGACUGGUUUGAGCUGCUUUUCUUUUUUAGUGCUCCACAUCUAAAGAUUAACAAAUAACAAUAUCAUAUGAGGUUCCAUAAUAUUGAAGAAUAAUAUAACAAUUGUUGAUGACACCUUUUAUUCUUCAGUGAAUGAAAUUUUAAAUACUAGUUUUUGAAAAUGUAUAUUCUGAUCUAUUAUUAUAUUGUUAUAUCUCUUGUGUUAAUUGUUUUAUAUUUAACCCCUUCU